AUGCGCCGCGGCGACGAUCGAAGAGGCGUGAAGACUCUGCCGCACGCACCCGACGCGGCCUCCGCACUCAGUCCGAAAGCCUCGCUGCGAAACGCUUCUACUCCAGACUCUCGACACGUGGCCGAGCGGAGGGCCGAGAGCCGAAGUCCACCGGAGGUGCGGCGACGCGCCGACUUUCUCCCGUCGUCUGCUGUCGCCUGCUCGUAUCCACUUGCGACUGCUUCGCCUUCCUCGCAGUCCGCCGCUGCGCCGCCUCCGUCGCAUCCCGGCGCUGUCCCUUUCCACGCCCACUCUGUCUCCUUCCCAGCAGAGAGUCUGUCGUUUUCUUUUUUCUGGCGGAGACCCACUGAAGAGGAGACGCAGCUGCAGUUUCCGCCUGGCGACGGAGGCAGUUUGCUCGACGGAGGGCCGGAAGGAGGCGAGGAAGCACAGGCGACCGAGAAGCCAAAGACGCGAGAGACGCAAGAUCCUCUUCUCACGCCGGCGGUCGUCAUCGGCGAAGCUGGGAUGUUGCCUCAGCAGCUGUUGACUCGUUUCGCCUUUCAGCCCCGCACCUUUCUCCGCUUCGACAAGCAGAGAGGCCACGCGCCAGAGAAAAGCCAGACCCCAAGGGAGAACCGUGUGGAUCCAGCAUUCGCGCCCGCCACGUCGCUCCCACGUGUGCCUGGACAAGACUCACGCCGCCCUAGCCUUGAAAGGUCUCUGCCCUCGGCCCGUUGCUCUUCCGCGUCGCGUUCGUUUCCCCCUGAUGUGCCGUCUUCUCGUCCCUCGUCUGCUCUCCCCGGUCCCUUCUUCCUGUCGCCCGACCCUCGCCUCGCUUCCGCGCACUCCGCUUCCGGGCGCGCGCCCCCGCUCGACUCUCCGCGUCUUCAGUCUCGCCCGCCGACUCCUCCGGCUUCGUCCUCUUUGCGCGCUUCUUGGCGCUUCCCCCCGCCAGGCCGCGCGCCGAUCGCGGCAGCCUCUCCGAGCGAGGCGCGCAAGAGAGGAAACAGAACGGCCAAAGGGGGGGUGGAUCCUGAAAUCGCAGCGCGCUCUGCAGAAGGCGCCAAGGCCCAGCGCCCGAGAGAGAAGAAGCGAGGCAAACAGACCAAUCCUGAGGCGCAGCCCCCACUCGGCCGAGCCGAGGUGAAGCACACCGUUUCUCAGCUCAUCCAAGUUGCACGGCUCUGCAGCGCCAAACACAACGCGCCAACCGAAAGCAAACAUCCUCACUGUUCUUCCCCUUCCUCCGCUUCUUCCCCUUCUUCCGCUUCUUCCCCUUCUUCCGCUUCUUCCCCUUCCUCCCCUUCUUCCCCUCCUUCCACUCUCUCGUCUCUGUCUGGAGAAAAGCCAGCGAGGGGAACGGCAGAAUCGCUCGACAUGAAGAGGCUGCAGGCUCAGCUUUGUGCUGCCGUGCAAAGAAAUCCGGAGUUCCUGCCGGAGUUCUGCGCCCUCCUGGAGGCUCUGGCCGUCUUGCGUGGAAUUCCUUCGGGGCCUCUCGUCGACCGCGCCCUCGUGACGUCUCUCUUCCGCUGCCUCCUCCAAGAGGUUGCGUCUCCAAAGUUCGUACCGACAUUUGAGGAGUACCUUCGCCUCUGCAAGGCUGCCUUUGACUUGCGCCUCUUCGACACAUCCCCAGAAUUGACGCUUCGCCUCAUCGCGUGCGCGUUGGACUGCGCUGUCGACAGGAACAACCAGCUCCCACCUCUCUCCGCGGUUCUCCAACUCGUUCUACUGACGGAAGACCGGGGAUUCUUCAACUUCUCCUCGCCAACUCUCGGGCACGACCCUGCCCCCGCUGCGCAGCUGUGCAACCGCCUGUGUCUCUACUUCGUCUCGCGUCUAAGGGAGGAGAUGGCUGUGCGCCAGCACCUCCUUGAGCGUCUCGCGUCUCCUACUUCUUCCCCAUCCUUCGGCUCUUCGCCGCUGUCGAUUUCCUCGGAUGCGGAGACUGCGCAAGAUUUCCAGGAUUUCUCUAAAGUCCUCUGGAAGGGCGUGGUCAUGCUGGGUGCUCGGCGAUGUGGAGAAGAAGAAAUCUGGAGGGCGAUUUUCGACUUUGUUCAACUCCACGGCGCCUGGAACGCCGCCGCUUCCUCUUCCUCCUCUUCAGCUUGUUCUUUCGUUUCGGCUUCCGCUGGGGUGACCGAGAAGGAAGCACUGGGCGAGAGACGCGAGGAAGGACAGGCAGUUGAGCGAGACGCGGUCCCACGAGAGACCCGCUGCCUCUCGACAGCCGUCCAGAUGAUCGCCCGAGCCUCGCCCUUCUACGAUUUCUCCCGCCAUCAGACGCUUCUUGGGAAGGUGUUCUCCUCUCUCGUGGAAAAGAUUCCUCCUCCUUCCUCCUCUUCUUCGUCUUCUUCCCCCUCUUCGUCUUUGUCUUCUUCCUCUUCUUCUCCCUCGUCUUCUUCCCCUUCUUCUUCGUCAGCUUGCCUAGGGGCGGAAGAGAGAGGCGAUAUAGAGGGCGGGCGUUUCACGACGUUUUCCUUCUCGGGACUUUACACUUUGACGCCGCAGUUUUAUUCCGCGGACCUCUUUCUCCACUUCCUGGAGGCGCUGUGUCUCUCCGGGUUCGGUGACGCGCCAGGAUUUCUUCAACUUUGCCACGUCAGCAUCCCUGCGUUUCCCUUCUCGCUCUUAGGCCACGACGGAGAGCAGUCGGGGGCGACGCGCCGGAAGCGAACGACGCGGAGCGCUGGAAAACGGGGGACUUACGUGCGACUCUUCCAGGUGAGAACAAAGAAAAUGGAGACAGAGACAGCUGGAUAG